UAACAAGGUGCGCAGUCCGUGACGUCAUCGAGAGCAAGCGCUUUCUGUCUGGGCGGACGCCUGCUUGGCGAGUGUGUCGGUAACUUAACUCAGCCAGACUACCUGAACCUAUUUGGAAUUAGCCGGUUUUUCGGCGAAGCGUCGACGUUAUCCGACAAGUUUUGGGACAAAAAACAAAUCCGCUUUAGAAGAUGGCUGACGACUUCGGGUUCUUCUCGUCGUCUGAUAACGGAGCACCUCCGACUGACGACGACCCGGCCGCGGCGUUUUUAGCGCAACAAGAAAGCGAGAUAGCCGGUAUAGAGAAUGACGAGGGGUUCGGAGCGCUUGAAGGGGCCGGGCAAGUUCAAGAAGAUUCGCCACCUCAGUCAAAUUACGAUGGCUUUGGAGUGGAGGCAGCUACAGUAAAUGGCGAUAUGUUUCAGGAAGAGAACAGGCAGGCAGACCAAGAAAAUGAAGAGUUUGGACUGGCAGAAGCCCCUCCUUCCCCCGUGACCGCCCUGCUCGACUCCUCCCCCAGGGAGUCGCCAGUCGGCAUCGAGGCCUUCCCAGAACCCUCCCUCUUCGCCCUCCUGGAGUUUGAGGAGACCAACGGGCCUACGGACGGCUACGCCGCCAUCGCCAGCGCCGAUCUGCAGAGGCAGGAGCCCGAGAGCCUGAGGAAGUGGAGAGAGGAACAGAAAGCUCGUCUCGAAGAACUGGACUCCGCCUCCAAGGUUGAGGAGGCGGAGUGGAGAGAGCGAGCCAAGAAGGAGCUGGAGGACUGGCACCUGCACCAGAGCGACCAAAUGGAGAAAAACAAGGCCAACAACCGCAGACUCUCUCCAAGUCUUGCACGAGCUUCAGAAGAGGCCUUCCUGAACGAGGGGGAUGAGGACACUCCAGGGUCCGAGUGGGAGAGGGUGGCCCGGCUCUGCGACUUCAACCCCAAAACCAGCAAGCAGAGCAAAGACGUGUCCCGCAUGCGCUCCGUACUCAUCUCCCUCAAACAGACACCCCUGGUCCGAUAGAGCCCGCCCGCACACGCACGCACACUAUUACUUGUGCACAUAUACAUGCAUGUACACACACUUGCACUAACUAAUGCACUAAUGCAUCCUUACUCACACACACACACAUGCACGCAUGUGUACACGCACACUAGUGUGAGCACACCCUCACUCACACACACACACGCACACGCACGCACGCACACACACCCGUGUUCCAGCAGUCAUGCUCUGUAACUCCUGUGUAGCACUAUAGCCAGCCCACUUUGUCUCGGACAAAGGGAGGUCGGUCUCCCACCAAGCACCUUAUUGGUUACUUUUCGCAUAAAGCAGAAGCCCCGCAGGUCAAACGGCUGUCGAGGUGCAGCCGCCAUUUUGUCAUCCCGGACUGGGAACCCACUCCAUUUCUGACUGCUGAAAGAGCAGUGUAGUCUCUCCAAGAACAGCUGUUAAUCCAACAUUGUCUUUCUGUGCCAAACCGAUGGCUUUGUAAGGACGCUACGCUGAAAACAUUACACUUCCAGUGAGGCUGACUAAUUCAAGCUGUUCCUCGGCUAUAAGGGGGACUUGGUGCAUCUGUAGGGUACCUUCCCUUAUUGCACGGUACCCUCCCAGAGCUCUACACUAAGUAUUUUAAUGGAGAAAAAUGUGUUCAAAUUGAUCUGAAAGAAUACUGUUAGAUUUAUUUUAUUUAACACUAUUUUAUCUGUGGAUCAAUUUUUGCAUCAAUUUUCAGGAGCAAAUGCUCCUGUAAUUGGAGCACUCUGGAGCCUUGCCCUGCCCCCCUGAAGCCUCACCAUGCAAGCCUUUGUGAACCCCUGUUGGCCUGUGGAGUACUGUUUGGUGCUGACGGCAUGGCGAUGUGAUUGACAGCCCCCGGUGGCUCCACCCAUUAUGGGGCUCACAAAGCCUUGCUCUGCCAUCAUUGGCCCACUCACCCACCAAGUUCUCACCUUGUCGCUGGCCAAUGAGGGCCAGGAACUGGGCUCUGCUUUAUCUCUCUAGGUCAAUCACAGGGUUCUCCGUCCUGUUACACCCGUACGGUAGGACACUACGUUGUUAGCCGGCUUCACGGCCGACCUAAAACGAAAGCAACACGUGGAAUUGCAGAAGUGUCACUGCCUACCUGAAAGAAACUCAACAUGUUCACAGUUCGCCUUUUAAUGAACAUAUCAGAAAAAAAACAUGGAAAAAAAAAAAAAGGAAAAAAGAGGCUUUGUUGCUGAAUGCCAGUGUCAGCGCUAGCUGGCAUCUUGAUAGCUUGUUUAGCUGUGCCUGCUGCUGAACCUACCCCCCUGCCCCUCACCUUCUCUCCCCCCCCUCCCCCCCCAUCACUGUGUACAUCACCAAGCUGAAAGAGAACCGCCCACCCCACCACCUCUGUUUUUCCCCCGUUAGCCCUAUUAGGUCCAUAAAAAGACCAUCUCCAAGACACCAUGUGCUCAUUGCCAAACCUGCCGUCACGGGCCUGAGUCAGUCCUGGGCCAAAGGAGCGCGGCGCAGAAGAUCUGCCUUGUGCGUCUGAGCGCUCGCAGCCGUCGAAAACCAGAGUUCUGGAAGCGUGCCUGUGGACAUGCGUCAACGAUAGCUGCACUGUAGAGCAGGGAUACUCCAAUCUGGUCAGUAGUGCUGCUGGUUGUCUCUUCUGCCUGAUGGUUCGCAGGCCAGUGCUGUCUCUGAUUGGCCAGAGAUAACACUGGCCUUGUGCGUCAGGUUUAAAUUUGUUAAGCGGGGAGGAAUGAAAUGAAAACCCAAGAGCACUGAUGGUCAGAUUUUACCAUCCCUGCUGUAGAGCGUUAGGGUUUAUUUUAAUGCCUGUAUGGUCAUUUGAUUGCACUUUUUGUGUGUUAAUACCCGUUAUGAUCAUGUGUUUUAAAAGACCGUCCAAUGAGCUGACCAGCUGCACAUUCAUACUCUGUCCAAUCAGCAGGCAGCUUGUUUUGCCCUGCAUCAGUUUUCAUUUGCAUUUUUUAUGUGUGUAUUUAUUUUCAAUAUGUAUGGUGCCAGAUUUAUUUACAUUUCGAGUAGAUUAUCUUUAGCUGGAUUAAGUUGUCACUAUAAAUGUUUAGACAAACAUUUAACCCAGAAACAAAUUUAGAGGUCAACUGACUUAAGGGUACGCAAUGCACACUGAAUCACUGCUGUGUUCUGCAGAGCUAGUGCACUGUAAAUACAGGUAGUAAUAGCAAUCAUGUUACCCCUAUAAUCUUAAAUAUAUAAUGUUCAAUAAACUAGUCAUUGCUACUGUUAGAUGAUGAUUAUUAUUAUUAUGGUGUGUAUAAGUUGGUUAGGAACUCAUAUUGAAUAUAAUUUGUAUUUUUUUGAACGUGCCAGUGUGGUACUGUAUCCUGUGGCCUUUGAGAAAGCCUUGCUCCUGUACUGCCAUAAAGUUAGUGCCUCUUCUGUCCUUCAGAACCAGUUUACCUUCCUGGGCUGAGCGCUAGUUUGUUUUCUGUGGAAAUACAGAGAACUUUCUAUUUUUAUCCUCGGAGUACCUGGUAAUCAAAUCCACCAAUCAGAUUACAGGCCAGUCUGUCAUUCUCGGCAGACUUCUGUGUUGAAUUGUUACUUGAAAACCCCUGUGAGACUGGAGGGCCUUGAUAGGAGAGAGGAUUUUUUCUUUAUUUUCAUCAUUUUUUUAUUAAAUUUUUUUGUGUCCUUGCCCACUUUAGCCAGGCUUUUGUGGGUCUAGUCCAGGUGGGCUACAGCCGCAUUGGUUAUCAGUUCUAAAAUGGACAUUCAGGAGUGACUUCCUGUUCCUGUACAAUCAAUGGUUUUAUUAAAAAACUUAUUUGACUCGGUUCAGAUCAAAAACUGCAAGAUGGUCAGAUGACUUUCAAAAUUAAAAUUAAGCACUUGGUAAAUGAACAGUUCGCAAAGUUUAAAAAAGUUAUGAGUUGUUUGGGCAGGUCAGUCCGUGUAAAGUCUGGACUAAAGCUUUGAAUCUGAGAAACUACAGCAGCCUUCAGCAAAUGUUCUAAAAUUCAGUUCAGACGGAGUAAAAUUUCUUCUGAAAAUUUACUAAAAGCAUGUUGUCGUCUGAUACCGUUUUGAUCUGAACUGAAGCUGAGGCAGGCCUGAUGGCUGUCCAGGUCUUGACCCAUCAACCCCCUUCUGCUAAACCCAGACCCUGGGAAAGACCAGCCAAAAUCACCCCACCCGAGAUCAUGGUUUUAUAUGCACUGUGUAAAGCUAAGGCCGCCUUUUAGGAACAAAGAGGUUCACACCUUUCUCUCUCUCUUUGCGUUGAUGUCCCGUGUCCUUGUUCUUGCAUACCUAUGUAACCUGCAUGAGUUAUGUGGCGUAGUUUGGAAUAACGCAUUCAGCUUUAGGUAAAACGUCACAUGGUGAACUGUUACUCCCAUCUACUGUAUGAGAGGGGAAAAAUAAAGCUAAGUUCUAUUUAAAGGAA